ACACGUCGAACGUGGUUCGCGGUAGGCCCUCAUACUCUACUUCACUUGUCAAGUAGAGUAGGAGUAGAUGAAUAAUAUUAAAAAUAAAAAUAAUAACAAAUUUAAUAUUCUGAACGUAUACAACAAAUGGGAAGAUACUAAUUACCACCUGGCAACCAAACAUAUCUAUUUUUAGAACGCAAAUAUUAUUAGCGCAUCACGAUGGCUGAGUUAGCGGCUUUGCUGCAAACGGAGAUUCCUGAGGGGCGCAACCACUUGACGGACAGCCACACUAACCUAGAGCGUGUGGCGGAGUACUGUGAAGCAAACUAUUUUCAAUCCGAAAAUAAACGGCUUGCCUUGGAAAGCACGAAAAACUACACAACACAGUCCCUGGCUAGUGUAGCUUACCAAAUAAACACAUUAGCUUACAACUUCCUGCAGUUAUUGGAGCUGCAAACCAUGCAACUGGCCGAAAUGGAAGGGCAGAUGAAUCAUAUUGCCCAAACAGUGGCUAUUCAUAAAGAGAAGGUGGCUAGAAGGGAGAUUGGAGUGCUAACUGCCAAUAAAGUCACUAACAGACAGUAUAAGAUCAUAGCCCCGGCUAAUCCGGAGAAACCUAUUAAGUAUGUGAGGAAAAGCAUUGAUUACACAGCUUUGGACGACAUCGGGCACGGCGCUCGCUGGAACAGCGCGGGCACGCCGCGCGCGCGCCGCUCGGCCGCGCCGGCGCAGCCGCUGCCCGCGCCCACCACCAAGCCGCCAACGCCGCCCGCUGCUCGCGCGCAACAGCCCAACACUGGCACGCUGGGACGGGGUACACUCGGCAAAUCGUCGCGCGAGUACCGCACGCCGCCCGCGGUGGCGCCGCCGCAGGUGCCCUCGCACUACGCUCCCAACUACCCGCGCCGCCCGCCCGGAUACUCGACAUUGCCUGUCGCUCAACCACAGGUUGGCAUGGUUCACCCGAACCAGCACCAGUCGCCUUCGAACUAUUCUCAGCAGGACAUGCAUUCCAGUAUGCCACCGCCGCCGUCUCCACUGAUCGGGUCCGAUGGAGAACACAGUCAGCAUUCAAUGAGUCUUCCUGGACAACGCGGGUCGGGCUCGCUGGGCGGGCGCGGCGGCUCGGUGUCGCCGCCGCUGCCGCCGCCGCCGCUCGACGACGAGCUCGCGCACGACGCCUUCGGCCGCCAGCACCACCUCAACAAUAAGCUUGGUCCACAGUACACGAGCGCCGUGCCCGCUAUCGUGCCGGACGAGGAAGACUUGCCGGGCUGGGUGCCCAAGAACUACAUCGAAAAAGUGGUGGCGAUCUACGACUACUACGCGGACAAGGAGGACGAGCUCUCGUUCCAAGAGAGCGCCGUCAUCUACGUGCUGAAGAAGAACGACGACGGCUGGUGGGAGGGCGUCAUGGACGGCGUCACCGGCCUGUUCCCCGGCAACUACGUCGAGCCCUGCGUCUAACUGGUUUAUGUUACUGUUAGCUCUGGCCUAUAGUUGCCUCCUGCUCUUGCGGCAUUCGUCUAAGUUUCCCUUCUUAUGACCGCGGCUCUGAUGACGGCUCACGGGAGGGCGUCAUGGGACUUCUCAGACAACUACGUCGAGCAUUGUGUCUCACAAGUUUAUUUUAUAUGACUGUCCAGCUCUGGCAUAUAGUUGCCUUCUGCUCUUGCAGCAUUCAUCCCUUCAUAUGACCGUGACUACAUUAAGAACAACGAAGGCUCAUGGGAGAGCGUCAUAGGUUCCCUGGGAACUACGUCGAGCCCUGUGUCAAACAAGUAUUAGACUUAGUUUGGCCAUCCUCGAUACAGUUUUCUCAUUGUAACGGGAUGACGAUUAUAUCCCAUUACCAAGGUUUUCAGGGUUAUUGGAAAUAUUAUUCUUAGUUCCCAAUUAAAACAAUAAUGUUGUACAAAAAUGAAUUGACAAUGCCUCCCUCUAGUGAUCGUGAAUACCUUCAAUUUAAAUUAUUUUAUUUAGUUAACGAGCAAAUAUUUAGUACUUUUUACUUCUAUUUACAGAUGUUUAUUUUAUAAUAAUUAUGAAUUAGAAUAAGUUACCUAAUUUAUCUAGACUGGUUAUAACCGUAUAAAUGCCAUAUAAUUUACAAAAUUGGCUUACUUCACUAAAAUACUGGAAUUAAUUAUAAGUCGUCCUAUACAUAUACCUACAAAAACAUGCAUUUAGAGUAUUUAGACCUUUAUUGGCAUUUAGAUUAGGUAGCUAGUUUUGUAAUAAAUCAUGUUUAAGUAUGUAAUUUAGGCUAAGGUAGAGUUAUUGGCCAGCCAGACUUCAAUUUUAUCAAUUUAGCGAAGCAGAAUUAUCUGCUUAGUGCUGCAACACUCCCCAAAGGGUUGUGGGAGCAUAUAAUACAUGCCUUUUUCACUUUUACCGAAUGCAUAAGUAGUAUUUAUUUUAAUUUAUAAAAUUCCUAGAUGCUACCCUUAUAUAGCCCAUGAAUUUUAGUUUCUAAAUUGUAUCCGAAUUUGGUUAAUGUGAAUUUAGCAAGCUCCUUUAUUAUAACUUGACUUUUUAAUAAAAAAUAUUAUUAUGA